GAUGGAGGCAGACGGGAAGAUGUACGUGAAGUACCAGGUGAUCGGCAAAAGCCACGUGGCCGUCCCCACUCACUUCUUCAAAGUGCUGAUCCUGGAGAAGCCCGGCGGAGAGAUUGAGCUGCGCUCCUACGUCAUGCCCAACUGCCCCGUGGACGAGAAGCUCCCGCUGGAGCGCUUCCUGGUGCCCAUCGAGAGCAUCGAGCGGGCGUCGGGGCUGCUCUUUGUCCCCAACAUCCUGAAGAGGACGAGCAACCUGAAA